GACCGGACGAUAAAAAGCGCAAAGGAGAAGAGUGGGAGAGCGUCUGGUAGUGAAGCGGAGUGGGACUCAGUCACGGAGUCUCACGCCUUCCACCGGUUCUCAGUCCGAAGACGAACGUUCUGGUAGCUGGUGGUUCGCCGCUCCGCUCCGCUCCGAGACCGUCUCGCGCGCGUGUGUGCGUGUGCAGCGUGCUUGGUGCGUGCGUGUGUGUGCGGCCGUAGAGAACGGCACGAGAGCGGCUCCUCCGCGGCUUCGGCGUGUUGAUCUUGAGGAGCCUCCGUGACCAUCUCCGCGUCGCACCUUUCUCGAACCACCCGACCGUCCCUCGCUCGCGAAGGGUCGAUCGCUCCGUAGCACCGAGUCGGCGAUCGAACGAGAGCAGCAUCCGCCAUUUUCGCAAUCUCCGCGCGUGAGGCCCAAUGAGGCCCACCGGUGCCGCUGGUACGGUAAUCCGCGGGGCCGACGCCUGCGGCCGCGCCUCUGGAUUCCAGAGUACACCAGCACACGGUCCGCAGGGAUAGUCGUUAAAAUUCUCGCCGCCCGGGUUUCCAUCGCCGAGCCGUCCUCCUCACCUGUCGUUCUACGAGGGUAUCCACACAGCAACCGCGAGUGCACGGUGUACUAAGAGUGUGCGUACGUACAUGUGACAGCAGGUACACGUGGAGGUGCGUUAGUGAGGGACAACAACGACGACGGCUACGCCACUGCGCUGCAUACCAGCGAGGGCCCCCGGGUCUGAUCGCGGAGAAGGGGAUAGAGAAGCCUAGAGAGAACUGAAAGGAAGCGACGAAGACGGAGCACGGGAAGGGGCCGCGAUAGCGGGAAGAGGCACGAAGGGAAAGAAAGCGGCGGAGAGAAACGGAGACGGCGAAGGAAAAAGGAGAAGGAGAGAGAGGGGGGCGGGAGAGACAGACCGAAAGACAGAGGGCAAAGCGGGGCCCGAUACGGCGGAGGGGGAUCCGCAAGAAGGCGGCCAUAAUGGCCUGACGCGAUCUCGAGCGAGCGGCUACAGCUGCUGCGAAAUAUCCGCGCUGGAGUUCCUCUCGCCGUUGCCGCCGCGUAACGUAUUUUGCAACGCCGCGCCGCGACGACGUGUACGCGCCGCGCCGUGCCAUGUACACGCGCCGCUCGUCCGCCCGUCUUUGGAAAGCAGCGACUGCGUAAUCGACCGCGGAGUAGUGCUACCGGGCGGAGCCUCGUCAGCGUAAUCGCUCAAUGAGAUCCUGAGUCACAUCCGCGGGCUCUCCACGUUGCGCAUGGGAAACGAUCCGCCGGCUAACAAUCAAUGAUUCCACGAGACCCUCGAGUGCCGCUCGGGAAGAUCAACGCUCGCGGGGACCUGCCGGUAUCACGCAUCGAAAUCUCCGAACGGUUUCUUCGCUUAGAACAGUUCUGGAUCACUCCUUGAGUGUCAUUUCAUACAUGAAAUGUAUGCGACCGACACGCGUAACAUAAUAAUCGUUUUUUUUUCAACUUGAGAGAGUAACCAGCUAAUAAGAUUAUCUGUAAGUCGGGUGUAAAUGAAUGUCCCUUUACUUCCUACAACUGGAUUGCUAAAGACAGUUCUCCGAUUCUUAACGAUUGUUGAAAUAUCCCGACCACGCUUGCAAUUCCCAAAUUGCAAAUUACAGCCAAUUGAGGUCGAUCGAAUCCCUCUGUUCAAUAAGUUAGUCAAGCCGAAUUAGAAGAAAAAUGAGGGGAGCUAAUCAGGACACGGCGACGCCGUAUUGUCGCUGCCGAGUACUCUACCUGGGUAGUUCAGUACCGCACGCGAGCAAGGAGGGUCUCCUGGGCGUGCAGGAACCCUUGAGGGAACUCUACCCCGAGCAGGGUGCGCUGGGUGCGCGCGGUAUAGACUCCUGGCUGAGCGUUUGGAGCAACGGCCUGCUCUUGGAGAACGUCGACGAGCAUCGCAAAAAGAUCACGCGGUUCUUCCCCAUCGAGGCGCUCCACUAUUGCGCCGCGGUCAGACACGUCAAAGGUGGAAACGGCGAUAUGUCGAGCACGCGCUUCCUACCGUUGGACUCGCCGUUCGCGCGGACGCCCAACGCGAAUCACCCACCCCUGUUCGCCGCCGUGCUGCGAAGAACGACCGGCAUCAAGGUUCUCGAGUGUCACGCGUUCAUUUGCAAACGGGACAUGGCGGCCAACGCCCUGGUGAGGUGUUGCUUCCACGCUUAUGCCGACAGCAGCUACGCGAAAGGUCUGGAGCCGGCGUCGGCGACGACGAACGGGGUCACAACGGGUCAUCAGUCGAACAACAGUCUCUAUCACACUCUGGGCGGCUCGAGUACUACCCUGGACAGCCCCCAACCGACCCGCAUGGAUACGGCAUCGACGGAUGACCUCAGUCUGUACAAUGGCGACGAGAAUCAUAAGGUCUGGGCCAGGGGUCGCGAUGAAGUCGAUGGACUUUAUCAGGAACAGGGCACCCUGCGAAGCACGAAGGGAUCCAGACCGCGCCAGUUGGUCGCCCCACCGCCGCCACCACCGCCGCCACCCCCUCCCGCCCAGCCGUUGCUGCUGGACGAAUCCUCUUCCGCGCGACGGAAAGCUAAUAAGAAGCUCAAGAAAAUGAAGACUCGUUCGUUGCAUGAGGACGCCUUACAACAGCAGCAGCAGCAGCAGCAACAGCUUCUACAUCAUCAGCUGCACCAAGGCAUAUAUGCCAACGGCCACGGACAUCACACCCUGGGUCACCCCAUCAGGCAACAACACUAUCACCCUCACCCGCUACCACCCAGUAGCCGAUCCGUCGCCGGUACUUUGGCUAGACCGGCGCCGGUGCUGUUGGUACCAGCUGCGACCUUGCCACGGAAAAGUCAUCAUCAUCCACGUUUAAGGCCGAUUCCGGCAGCGACACCGAUAGUACCGGUCUACGCUCCUUUGCCAGUGGUACCGCCAACCGCGGCAUCGGCGGCGGCAAUCUAUCCGGCGUACGGUACCGCCGGAAACAGAGGCAGACGACACCCGGAGGCGGAUAACUCCACCUUGAGCACGUCCAGGAGAUUAGCCGCCUCUCACGCGGAUCUCACCGCGCCGGAAACAGUCGCUCGGCAGGCGGACAGCCCGGAAAACGAGUCCCGCUUUGGUACUGGCAUAUAUCGGCGGAAAGGUCAUCUGAACGAGAGAGCCUUUUCUUACAGCAUCCGGGCGGAGCAUCGUAGCAGGAGCCACGGCAGCCUGGCCUCCUUGGGCUUCAGCGCGCAGAACGGUAACGCGCUGCCGAAGGAGGAGAAGAAGGAUCGCGAGAUUGCUCAACUGGUUGCCGGAUUGAGCCUCAACGAUGGAUCAGAACGGACACAGGUCCCGAAUUCGAGGGGAGGAUAUCAUCAUCACCAACAGCAGCAGCAGAUUCAACCGCUGCCUAGGCCGAGACCCCGUUAAAAUCGCUUCUUGAAACUGGUCUCUUGCAGUGUCAUGCUGUCUGAAGCUUUCUAGGUGAUCCAGAACGACUUCUGGAUAUUUUUUAUAAAGGAAAAUACUUUAAAGAGCGAAGCAUUUUUAGUUAAAUUGUUAUAUUCAUCUUCUCUGUAUCAGAUAUGUUGGUCAUACAGUCAACUACUAAUGAUUUGCUAAUGUCCCUCGCUAGAUUAGAAUGCUAACAGGUAAAUAUAGCAUAUUCGAGCGUUAAUCUGGUCGUCAUUAACGAUAAAGUUAAAAUGGACAAUUAAUGUCUAUCGUUCGAUCGUAAAAAAAGGAACAUUCUUCGUGGAAUCCUUUCUUCUUUUAUUAGUGAUGUUACCACUGGACGAUUGUUCAAAAUGAAUCUUGCUUUUUCCGGUCGAUCGCGUUGAUGCAAUAGCGACUUUGUCUGGGUUAACAAACAUCUUCUUGCAGCUUGCUUCACCAAGCGUGACAUCGGCGCUACAGUUACGAGCGAUUUCAUGUUCCGUCGUCAUGUCACGUGGAAAAAGACUGCAUGGCGAAACGUUGCAAUUCCGACUCCGUAGCAAGUUUUGCCUAACGGUAUUAUACGGCAGCAGGCAUAUUUUAAAUUACCUUUCUUAAUUAAUUCGAUAAUGAUGUUAAUUUAUAUUCAUUUUGAAGACACGAGACUUAUAACUUUCCGUUGAGCAUCAUCUAUAAAAUUUCUCCUAAGAGCAUCUCAUUCGAUCAAUGUAAAAACGGAGAAUCAGCGAAACGUCGUAGAUUACGCAAUGACAUAACGUCUCGAGAAAUGCAACGACUUUUCUGUCGCAGAACAAACUAAUUAGGCAGUAAUUAUUGUUGGUUUAAUUAAUAUUCAUUUUAAAGGCACAAGACACAUAUUUUUGCGUUGAGCAUCUAUAAAAUUUCUCCUAAGAGCAUCUCAUUCGAUCAAUGUAAAAACGGAGAAUCAGCGAAACAUAGAUUACGCAAUGACAUAACGUCUCGAGAAACGCAACGACUUUUCUGUCGCAGAACAAACUAAUUAGGCAGUAAUUAUUGUUGGUUUAAUUAAUAUUCAUUUUAAAAGCACAAGACACAUAUUUUUGCGUUGAGCAUCUAUAAAAUUUCUCCUAAGAGCAUCUCAUUCGAUCAAUGUAAAAACGGAGAAUCAGCGAGACAUAGAUUACGCAAUGACAUAACGUCUCGAGAAACGCAACGACCUUUCUGUCGCAGAACAAACUAAUUAGGCAGUAAUUAUUGUUGGCUUAGGAAGAGGACAGUUCUGCCGUCUGAAGCUCGUUAGACGAAGGCGUAGAACACAGAGGAAACAGAGACCGCUAUAUGUAUUUUCUCUGUGAAAAUAAGUCGAAAGAUUCGCGGAUAGAUUAACAAGGAUUUCAUUGUCGCCCGCAUUAAAGGUUAUUUCCUCGGAUACUUGGGCACGUAUAACUUAAAUAUCAAAAGUUCAAUCU